UCGGUGCAUGGUCCUCAGGUUUCACAUACAAUUUGGCCAGAGCUGUUAAACUGAUCAGUCGCGAAAAUGCUCCGAAUCCUGCUUGCAUGUCUGAUGCUUGUCGUCAGUAGAGUGGAGAGUAACUGGAAUGCCGGAGAAAGCGAUUCAUCAAAAGCAAAAAUGGGAUUCAGUCGCAUCAAUAUGACAUGCAACGACGCUGAGGAUGUGUGUCAACACUGUGUCAUAAUUCCCCUCUUUGGACAGGAAUUCUUAACAGUUGUCGAAUACACGAAGGACCCUUACCAACUCGAGGUCAGUGUCCAAGAAGGAAGACAAUCCAGAGAAUGGACCUUUUCUCAAGACGACCUAGCUGGAAAGUAUCGGUGGUGCGAAUCCGCCUACUCCGAAGCCAGUUGGGACUACGACCACUCAUGGAGAUACACCAUUUGCUACGAAAACAUCUUUGAUGAUAUCUCCGUACCCGAAGAUUGCGCUAAGCCUCUUGCCGUCGUAACGCAUGAAAGUCACUAUUACGACGACGAAGUACGCGGUCAGCAGAUGCUGUUUUGCCUGCCCUAGUUUGCAUGGUUGUAAUCAAUGAUUAAGUCAUCACAAGUCAUAGCAAGCAAUUGUGCGGUAGACAAAACAUACUGGAGUCGAAUUUAUUAAUUCAACUUGAAAUUAUUGCCGACUUCCGUGGGACCCUUUUUUGUUUUUGGGUUUCCCGGCCCACACAAAUUCUACCAUUGCCGAUUGUCUGUUCACCUAACCCGAAGGCCACAACAUAGGCGACACAUAUUAUAUAUAAGCCUUGGCAAGGGCGGAUCCAGGGGGCCCAAACAAAACAAUUUUUUUAAAGUGGCGUCGCAUCAAAGGCAGGCACUGCGUACACCACCAUCUAUUCCUCCUAAAGAUUUAGUUUAAGUGGUUAGAAAUAGCCUCAGAUUGCACCACAGAGCAUCUAGAAUCCAAUUUUUUCUGGGCCCUUAAUAAGCGGGCCCCGAAACCCACGCCGCCUUUUUUUCGAGACACUUUUUGGAAGACCAAAAUUUGUUUGGCGUCCCCCCCCCCCAAAAAAAAAACAAUUGUGUUCUGGAUCCGCCCUUGAGCGUUGGUUGCUAAGAUCAGCAAAAAUCAGCCCCGUUUCCUAUAAGGCCAAAAAAGUCUCCGGUUUCUAGUAUGGAGCUUGCCCAAAAAGUGGUGCGGCGAUGCGGC